ACCCGCAAAACAUACUCAGUUGCCCCCUUUGUGAAAGAUCUUACUUCCGCUGCUGCUGCUAGGGUUUUCUCUCAUCAUAUUAAGAAAUGGGUAAGGGAACAGGGAGUUUUGGAAAGAGGAGGAACAAAACACACACACUGUGUGUGCGGUGUGGUCGCCGGAGCUUUCAUUUGCAGAAGAGCAGAUGCUCCGCUUGUGCCUACCCUGCUGCUCGUGUCAGGAAAUACAACUGGAGUGAGAAGGCCAUCAGAAGGAAGACCACAGGAACUGGACGAAUGAGGUACAUGCGUAAUGUUCCACGCAGGUUCAAGAGUGGCUUCAGAGAAGGAACUCAAGCAACCCCAAGGAGCAAAGGAGCUGUUUCCAGUGCUUAGGCACUGUGUUGGUUUGAAGGAAAUUUUCGUUGUAUUCUAGUAUCAGCUGUUUAAGAAAAAAGAUUUUAUUUUAUGUUAAUUUGGUUGAUGCAGGUAGAGAAUGCUUAAUACUUAUUUUUGAUAUGUCAGGGAAAGCAUAUACUUUCUAGGCUCUAUCAAUGCUAAAUACUUAUUUUUGAUAUGUGAAUCGAAGCAGAUACCUUCUACA